AUGGAGACCGAAGAGGUGUUUGCUGUGCAUUCAAUGCUUCACUUGAUAUAUCAUCGCAACAAAAACCAGCACGGGAAAACGAAAUGGUGGAAGUGGCUAUCCAUCCUCAAACGUGUAACUCUAAACUUGGCGAGAUCUCUCGAUCAGAGACUACUACUGCCAUACGGCGGAAAUUAUUCCCCUAUUGAAUCGCACAAGCGGUAUCUGGCAAUGCAUGUUGUGCCCAGAUGUUAUGUGGAGUUUUCAAGUGUGGUAGCCGAUGGGCAAUUCUCAACACUUGGAACGGUGUUGCUGGCUACGCUUGCCCGUCUUACCAAGGUCACGGGGAUCGACCGUGAUUUGAAGAAGUUGUCCCAAGCAGAGAGCAAAGAGAGCAGGAUCUCUGGUCCCAAUAUCAAAGCUCCUGCUCAAAAAGAGGAUGUAGGAGAGCCUGUUCAUCGAACCGAAGAUCUCCCUAAGCGGGCCAAAGAACCUGAAACUCGUAAUUCCCCUGAGCCAGUUACUCGUCCUCACGACACCGUCAAGAAGGCACGGACGGUGGAAACCGAGGCGCCCAAGAAAAAGAAACGGAAGAAGAACGCUAUUGACGACCUUUUUGCCGGUGUACUAUAG